UAUUGGGUGACUUCCCGUGGGCUAAAUAAUCUGGAUUAUCAUAAACCGGAGCUCGAAAACAAAUUUGAAAAUGAGUCUGUAGGAUAAUCUGUAAAAAAUACUAAACUGCAGACCAAUAGAUAAUCCGGAAUAUUGACUGCAUCCACCACUAUGGAUUCAGAUGACUUGAUAAUUCAAUCUCUAAAGAACGGAGCAGAGUUGCAACAGCAAGAAGAUGACGACAAAGAAGCUGCGCUGGCUAUUGCUGCCACCAUUCUAGUUGGUGUUGAGCUCGCGCGCCAAGAUCAUAUCGAAAAUCGGCAGCCACGACGUCUAUAUCUCUGCCGUCCGCAGCUCCUUCCAAACCCACGGAAAGAUACCCCAUGGCAGGUCCUGUUUGCCACCCAGAACAAUUGUGCAUUUAUCACAACAAUGGGGCUAUUCCAGAAUUCAGAGAUUUAGCUCUUCACAAAGCAUCCAAAUCAGUACAUGUGAAAACAAGAAAAGUAUAUGAGGGAUGUUUGGAGUGCAGGAACGGUAGUAGUAUCGAACGGUGCCAGACAACAGAGUCUGCGCACAU